CAAUAAUGAAUUUUACCAUUAUACCAUUCAAAUAAUCGGCCAAUCAAACGAUUUACCAUUCAUAUUCUCAACAAUAGUAAAUCUCGAUCUGAUCCAACGCACAAUCACUCUUUCUCCCAAAACUACUAUAUAAAACGGACACUUCUGCCAACUUUCCCUCCAUUCCCUCUCUCCUCCAUCCUAAUUUUCUAUUCCCAAGAAAAGAAAAGAAAGAAAAAGAAAAAACACAACAUACUAGUUGGCCUUAAUCCCUUAUCUCCACAGAUCAUUCACGCACUAGAUAACUCUGUCUACUGCUACUUUCGGGUAUCUUUCCAUACCCUCAAGUCAACAGUUCUGCUACGUGCAGAAACAUCUAGUCCAUUCUUGUCUUUAGACAAACUACAGGUACUUAUCUUACCCUUACCAGCUUCUGAUCUGCUCCAUCUCUUACCGUCCAUAGUAUUCAUUGAUCACCAAACAAACCAAACAAACCUAUCGAUCAAUACAAUACAAUGGCCUUUCAGAGUGCCGCCACUAUGGCUGUUCAAGCCUCAAUCGACCGGUAAGUUUUAGACUUUCACCCUCUUCAUCAACCAAAGCCAUUUCUUCAGAAUCAGACUAAUAUAUCUGUCAUUGUAGAUACGAUGAGAGCCAAGCUUCUUAUCUUGAGACUCUGCCCGCCGAGCUGAAGUUCUUGAUAAUGAAGUUCAGUGAUCCGAAUUCGUUGAAGAACCUUGCCUUGACAGGUCCGCGACUUUACACCUUCAUCAAACCACAUGAAUUCCGGUACAACACUGGGAUUCUCAUGAAGACGAUCGGUCCUGAAUUGUUGCCUCUUGCGGUCGCACGGCUCAAGGCGGAGAGCACUGGUUGGCGCUUCAAUAGCUACAAUGAGCGACCUCAGUCGGUGGUUCGUGAAAUCGAGAACUUCAUCGAUCACUAUCUUCACUUUGGAUUCAACUACCGAAGUCCCGGCUCGGUCAAAAUCAACUUCAGCCAGGCGGUCCAGCUUCUAGACUUUCAUGAGGCUGCCAUCUACUAUGCGCGCACUCUGGCCCAAAAGGCUUUGAAAUCUAGCCCUCGAGAAAUUCGACUUGGGCCAAAUGGAACGUGGCUAGAAACACUACCUGCCACCCCAUCAUACGCCGCCACCAUAUCGGCUGGCGAAGCCAUGCGGUUCAAGAGGGCAAUGUACAUCUUUCAGAUGGCAUGCGCAUUGUUCCCUGAUGACCUCGCUCUGUCUCGCCCGCUGCGUCCUGUGAUGCUGCGAUUCUUCCAGGUAUUCGCGCCCUGGGUAAAUCAACAGGUGCGAUGCAUCGAGACAAUGUUCGAGAACCAUCUCUACAAUGUGGUCGAACAUGCAAAUGACGUCGCGUCGGAAGACCACGGUGUACGGCCCUUCACGUCGCCAGUCAAAGGCCACCUAGCCAAGUUCGUGGUCAGCUCCGAUCUUGAAACUAUCUAUCGGGAAGAGAUGGCGGGCGCGUUGCCUCAAUACCUCACCUUCGUGGCGACCCGGCGUCCAGCCCUACCACGCUACCGAACAGAAGUUUGUCUUCCCAUUCACGACAAAGGAUGGCUCAUUCGAGAUGGCGCAACAAACAACUACUCGCUUCUCACCCAACAUCUCACUCAACGCUACUUGGAGAAUGACUCUGGCCCUUUCGAUGCGUGGUUCCGAACCCUCAUCGAGGGCAUCGUAGAGAACCCUAUUCUCCGCAGAAGCGAGGGUAUCUACAGAAAGUGCGAUAUGUGCUUGACAAAGUGGGGAUUUGUCUUCUGGGACCGAGCCAAGCUGGACUACCAGACCAACUGGUCCUUGCCAACGGGCGAGGCAAUGAAAGUCAUGGCGACUGGUGUCUUGUUCGACGAUGAGGACAUGCGACGAGCCAGUGUGGGUAGACAAAGUGGCGGAUGCGACUGCGACCGACCUUGGGACAGAUCUUAGAUCUAGGUCGGCUGGAUCGUACUGGCGGAUCGGUUAUGGGGAUUCGAGUUUGUUGGACAACUGGUUGAGACAUUGGAUCCCGGAAUUUUUGUCCACGGGCGAUUGUUAUCGCCGGUAAAGCUAUAACCUUGUAGCUAAAAUACCAAAACUGCUCACAUAGUAGUCUCGACUAGACGGUUUCUAAUACAAUAACUGUCCUCCCCCCAAAUUAUUGGUUUUCUAUGUGAUUAACUUGAAACCAAUGCCUAAUGCUCUAAACUUAUGUAGCUUCCGAUGAGUAUUCUUUCGUGUGAUCACUAUGGAGUAGGUAGUCAAAUAAGACAAUCGCUAUAGAUAGUUCAUUGUUACCUACACCCGAAUCACUACGUAACUCCACGAACUGUAGGGGAUUGCCCUUAAAAUAAGACUAUAGGAUAUAUUACUCCAAUCGAAGCGGUAAUUAGGGAGGAAUGAAAUGUGCCCUUAAUCCAGAAACCUUUGUAGAUAAAUAUGCUGGUAGGUAAAUGUAUGAGGUUAGGG